AUGUCCAUAGAACUCGAGCCCAGCGAUCUCGGGUUCAGACGACCCUUUAACAGGGAAGUCAGCGAACUCCUGCAUCUGCGCAACCCGAACAGUGAGCCUGUCGCCUUCAAGGUGAAAACCACCGCUCCCAAACAUUACUGUGUUCGACCCAACUCGGGACGUAUUGAGCCGGGCAGGCAUGUGGAGGUGCAAGAUGGGCCAUGGGAUAACCGUCCGAAAACAGUGCUGCUGCAGGCGAUGAAGGAGGAUCCCCCUCUUGACGCCAAAUGCAAAGACAAGUUCCUCGUCCAAUCCGUCGCGAUCACCGGGGAUUUGGAAUUCUCCAAUAUCACGUCGAUUUUCGAGAAAGUGCCGAAGGCAGCGAUCCAAGAGCGUAAGAUUCGCGUGAAUUAUUUGCCACCAAAUGCGCCAAAUGGAGCUGCCGUUCCGGACGAGGAACCUCCGGCGUAUUCAUCUCCAGGCGGAGCAUAUGAAACCCCAGCACCCGCAGCGUCGAGGAAAGUUCCCGAUGAUGUCUCGCCUAUCCCACAACCCGAGUUCACUGAGAAGCCCAGACAAGAAGUGUCACAAGAGUCUACGAAGGCCGCUGCGGCGACAGAUAACUCCAAGUCAGCUGCGACCAAUGCUGCAAACGAAGAGCUAAAAGCACAACUCGCGCAGGCGCAGGCUCAGAUUCAGAAGUUGAAAGACCAGCUCGCAGAGCAGGGCUUACGGCUCCGGAAAACCGAUGGGGGGGCCGCUCAAUCUGCUGAAUCCACCGCGCCCCUCCUGCAGCAACAGCAUCCUCAAUCCGCAGCAGAGAUAGGGGUACCUGUGCAGAUUGUGGCCGGAUUGUGCUUGUUAAGUUUCCUGAUCGCCUAUUUUUUCUUCUAG